CCUAACUCCCGACCAGAAAUCUUGAUUCAUGGCCCAACCAGAACACUUUGAUUACCUUUGGGAUCAAGCCAAAGCGCGCUACAAGUCCAUCACAGGCCAUGACCUCGACAGCCCCGCAUUUCCCAACCCCGCUUCAGCUGACGACCUGCUCCUGCUCCUCGACGCGAGAAACACCGACUUUCUAUCUUUCCGGGAGAAGCGCUCUAUGCUGUUCCACAACCUCAGUACCCUGUGUCAACCGAUCGAAUCACUCACCUACGUCAUCUCCACGGGGACCUCGGUGGUAUUUCCGCCCAGCGCUGCAUGUUUUGCCGCCCUGACAUUGUUGAUUGAUGCUGCCCGUGGCGUAUCGUCGCUCUAUGAUUCCAUCAUUGGUCUCAUCGAGACCCUCAAGGACUUCCUCGCCCGAAUCAAGAUCUAUGCUGUAAAUCAGGCGACACCCGAGCUCCGCAGCACGCUGGUGACUAUCCUCGUAAUUCUGCUGGAAGUUUUCGGUCGCUCCGCGAAGAUCAUCCGGGGUGGAACACUGGGUCGCACCCUGGCCUUCGCGAAGAACACGGUCUUGGGUCGCGAUGAGAAGCUGCAGGGUCUCCUCAACCAACUGGAGAAGCUGUGCCAGAGUGAGAACCGGCUGGUCGCGGCGGAGACAUGGGCGGAGACGAAGCGCACCGCGCAUCAGAUGGACCAGGUCAGUGAUGACUUGGGGACGUUAGUCCUGGGACAGGAGACUUUUCGUGAUGAAUUCCGGGAGGAAAUGCACAAGGUGCGAGAGACGGUGACGGCGUCGUCGGCCAGGCAAGAGAAAUCACCGACAGCCAUCCGGGAGAUUCUCAAGCCCUCGGUACACCCAGCCGAUGCGUAUCAGAGUCUCGCAAAGAAGAGGGUGGCAGGGACGGCAGACUGGAUUAUCGCAGAACCGUUGUUUGAACAAUGGGUGGCUGAUGAGGGGCAGACACCGCUCGGUGCCUCGAUCGCGUAUUUCUUCUUCAGUAACAGCGAUACUGAAACCAAGUCAUUCAGCCAGGCACUGCGGGACUGCGCUCACCAAGUUUACCAGAACAAUGCAGCGUAUCAGGCAUAUCUUGAAGCCCACCUCAGCUCUCCAGAUGAUAUCAAGACUAUUCGCAGUACGUGGAGAUUGCUAUACACUCAGCACUAUAUUGCGCAGCGAAGAACAACCGGUCGGGUGGUCCUUGUAUUGAAUGGUCUCGACGAAGCCUUUCAGGCAGAUCGGGAGCAGUUCUUCGAGCUGCUGUCAGAUCUACCUUCCGGGAGUGCCUCUCAAAUCAAGAUUCUACUAGUCGGAAGGCCUGAGAUCUACGCUGAGCUCAUUGAACAGAUCAACACCAUACCUUGCAUUCAAGUUGACGCAGCGAAGAACUCUGCUGACAUCCGAGCAUUAAUUGAAACCACCAUGCGACGAACUCGUGUCUUGAGUCGCAUUCCUCGGGAUCUCUCAGCCAAAAUCCAAGACGAACUCAUCGAAAAAUCCCAAGGGAUGUUUCUGUGGGCCGACCUGAUGCUGCGCGAGUUGAGCCGGAAGACGCGAACGAGCAGUAUGCUGGAUAGCCUGCAAAGAGCCCCGAGGGGAUUGGAUGAGAUGCUGGAGCAUGUCCUGCGAGGCUUCAGCGCGAAACUCGACGCAGAAGAAGCGGAGAAUUUGAACACGAUGCUUGCAUGGCUGGCUUGCUCAGAUGUUCCACUGAGUUUGCGUCAGCUGGACUACAUUCUGCAGUAUGAUUCGCCGGGCGGGGAUGGAGUCUUUGACCUUGAGACCAUGCUCCGAGUACAAUACGCUUCAUUCUUUCUCCUCCUUCGAGACGAUGGCCUGACUACAGCCGACCUUCAGGGUGCGGAGGUCGCAGCCUAUCUCGCCGAGGGUCGGACGAGCGAUGAUCUCCUCGAAUUUCAGUCCAACAAGGAGACCACUCGUGUCGUUUUCCGCCACGCAUCGAUUAGCGAGUACCUCCGCAAUCCCGCUUACGGAAAGGUGCGCGAUAGCCCUGGCUCUGUGCCUGUUGGUGUAAAUAUCAUUCAGGCGCGGACCCAUAUCCUAAUACGCUGCCUGAAGCUGUUCCAAGACGGCUUUGCGGAGGAUGAGGACAAGGACGGAAGGGUCUCACUUAUUAUCUAUGCGCAGAGUCAGUGGCUGAGUUAUCUGAGGCAUCUGGUCAGCAACGACCGGCUCGAUCCACACAGCAAGCGCGAGAUAAGAUCUUUAUUCCGCAGACUACUGUCAGCUCCUGACUGCGUACAUUGGCUGGACCCGGAUGACUGGGAGUUCUUCUCUUCUGGGGAUUACCGCCUAGUCGAAAGUCUCUUGAAUGAUACAUCGUGUUCAGCCGACGAAGAAGAUGACGAGAUUACAGAAUGGCUGUCAUCCUGUCGCCAAAAGCCCGGCGGCGUCUUCUCAGUCAUGGCUGAAUAUGCCGCCGAGGGUUGGCUGAAGGAAAGCGCCUGGUCUGCGUCGGAGUGCUUCCGUCUCGUGUGGGCGGUCAAAAUCAUCUCCGAAGACGGCGAUGUGAAGAUUAUGCGCGAGACGCCCAGUACAGAAACCGUGCUUGAGGUCGCUCGAUGGACGAAGCUGGAAGAAGACGCGCUGUGGCAUGAAAGGGUCGGGAACUGCCUCUCCAAUCUAGGGCAUCUGGACGAUGCAAAACAUUACGCGGAGAUGUCGCUGAGCCUGCAACCGAAAUCAGUCGCUGCCAGUUUGGACAUUGCUCGAAUUUACCUGAAACAACACAAGCGCAGCGAAGCAAUCGACAUAUACCUCGAAACCGAAAAACUGUACACGAAGUCACUUCUCGAACAGCAGGAGCCCGACCAUGAGGACUCCGAUCUUGACAUGCUGGUGUCGCCAUACAGUCUGUCAAGGCUGCGAUUGACUCUGUCGGAGUUGUAUUUGGAACAAAGCGAUUGUCUCGAGGCUGCAACAUGGCUCCACUCGUGCUUACAGUUGGGAUCCUACAGCAUUCAAAUUCCCAAACUUGCCGAAGCACUAGUUUACCAACUCAGCAUGCCCCCGUAUAGAAAUUAUGGGGAAAUAAUGCGCUUGCUGAGGUCGAUGGACCGUGAACCUGAACACCAUACUGAGACGUUUCUGGAUGACUGCCUCAUCCAGUACAGAAGGGCGGACAGUCGCUUUCUCGAGGCCUGUGCGACCGCUGCCCACGCCAUGGGGGCCUUAGAAUGGCUGGCGGAUCGAUAUCGACACGCGAGGGCAGCUGCGUUGCAGGAUCUGCGGUCUACCGUUGUCGUUUGUCUCGACGUCUGCUUGGCCCAACUCUAUAGUCGAUUCAUGAACGAACCCCACAAGGCUAAGGCUAAAUGGAGGCAGAUUCUCAGUCUGCCCCGCGUGGACAUGGACGAUCACUGGGAGAUGACCCAGUCGAGGUCAGUCACCGAGUCAUCCUAUGCAUACCAACUCUAUAUGGAUGCUUUGAAAGACCCCAAAGACACCGGAGCCUUCUUGCACGAAGUCGCCAUUCUGGCCAGAUGGUUGAGAGAGGUACCCCUCACCCGCGACAUUUCCAUCGCGAACCAAGCCGGCCUAUACUUGGGACGCUGGCACCUGGAUCAUGGCGACGCAGAGCAGGCACGACUGUACUUCCGGGGGUAUAUCAAGAUUUCCCUCGCUCAUCUCGAAGACAUUGACCCCGCUUGGCGAGCAGAUGCCUUCUACAAGCUAUUCACCAUUCUGGUCGCGGCGGAUGACGACGCCAACGCUAUUUCUCUGUUUCACGCAAUCCGCGAUGCACCGCAGGACAGCCGCGAGUCCACGCUGCCAGAUGACUGGCUUCUUCCGUGGGCGUGGUGCUGUGAUGUCUGUAAGCAAGAAUAUGACAGUUCCGCUCCCUGCAACAAGUGUCGGGUCUGCGCAGCAGAUCUUUGUCCGGGAUGCUUUGCGUCGGUGCAGCAAGCUACAGCGAGUGCUCGGGUUUGCGCCCCUGAUCAUGCCUGGCUUUCUAUUCACUCCCCGUCAGUACUUCCUGAGCAAGGCUUUGUCAUUGUGAAGGGCUCUCCGAUGUCCAUCGAUCACUUUCUCGCGGAUCUGGGUCAAUUCUGGGAGUGAAGGGUCCAUCUUGUUGCGCACGUAGCCUUCGAAUAGAGAAGGGCGGGUCCUAGCAGUCUUCUGGGGUCUAUCAUCAGCCGACAUCCUGCAAUAUGGGUGCUAACAUAAUCUCCAUAUAUAUUCACAACUGCUCUUCUCUUUUGAUUGAAUCGUCCGAUUGUUGUAAAUAUAUAUCAGCUCGGUGUGGUACCUGGGAUUUGGUCGUACCAUUCACCGACUCGAAUGCAUUGCCAUUCUCUAUAGCGAGAAAUUUGUUUUUCC